CGUCAGCUGUCGUGGUGCUCGAUGGUGGUGGUGGUGAGUUUCGAUCCUGACUUCCUCGUCGCCUUCGCCGAGUGGUCUCUGAAGGGACGGUUGCUGGUGUGGACCACAAAACUGGUGGUGGUGACCCGCCUGACAGUUCAGCAGCUCCAGGCCCUUCUGCCUGCUCAUUGGACUUUCUCCAUGAUGAACACAGUCUUCCUCAACAUAGAGGGCAAUGCUGACCAGCCCCGGUGCGGCAUGUAUACGUACUUGCCAUACAGCCCGAAUGGCUCCCAGGUUAUCAAGAUCGCUUUCUGGACACCAGCUCACGGAUUCAAACGUCUCUCUCCCGUCUCCUUUUUCCAAGAAAAAUUUGAAAAUUUCCACGGCGCUAAAGUGAACGUGACAUCUGGACCCUACAUGCCUUACUGGGACGAAGAAAAGGUUAUGGGAACUGAUGGUUCCGAGACAACUGUAUUUCGUGGUUCUGACUACCGCAUGUUUGAAGCCAUUGCCUCGGUGCUUAACUUUACUUUCCGGCUGCUCCCAACAUCUUCCUGGAUGGAGGUGACAAAACGGGUGGAAGAGCGGGUGUCACUGAUCGCCCCCAUUAUUUACGUGCUGCUCCCCGAACAAGUCAAAAGAUAUGACUUUACCUACGUUUAUGAAAAUGCUUUUUUGUCCUUUGCCAUGGCUAAACCUGAGCUGGAGCCUCGAUGGAAGAGUAUUUAUUAUCCUCUGACUACUGAAGUGUGGAUAGGAGUGAUUGGGCAUGUCGUCUUCUUUCCAUUCCUUUUGUGGCAGCUCAUCCGUGCUGGACAUGGUAGGCACACAAACGUGGGCGUGGGAAUGGUGUUCCAAGACACAGCGGGGAUGCUGCUCGGCCAGAACCUUCCUCGAAGAUUGUUCUAUACCUCCUCCAGCAGGGUUCUGGUGGCUGCUUGGCUGGUGUUCUCUCUAAUCCUCGGGUUUGCGUACCGCGGCAACCUGACUGCCUCUCUCACCCUUCCCAACUAUCCACCGCGCCCAGAGAUACUCAAAGAAAUCGUCGACCAUGUUGACAAGGUGACAAUGCCUAGUUAUGGAGAAAAACACCACAAGUUCUACAAGAAAUCAGAGUCUCCAUUGCUUCGAGCUUUGAGCAGCCUUAUGACCACUGGGCCUUCACUAAUGGAUGGUCUCAAGAGGGCACUAGUUCAAAAAAGCGCCCAUCUCGAUCCCAAAAAAUACAUACAAUAUAAAAUCAUGGACGAAUUCACGGAGGUGGACGGGAGCACUCGUUUGUACGUAAGUCGCGGGUCCGUCUUUCCCUCGCCCUGUGGCUGGCCAAUCCCGCACGACGCGCCGUACAAGGCUCAGCUGGAUUGGUUGAUCGUGGCCACCUUGGAGGCUGGCCUCUAUGAUAAAUGGACAGAUGAUUUGAUGAGAGAGACACAGCUCAGGAGUCAGAGGAGACAACGGCAGCUCCAGGCUACAGAUGUGCAGGACCAGACACAAACUAAGGCGGUAAAUGAGGAUGGUUUGCCAACCCUCACCAUUAACCACACGCAGGGCGCCUUCAUCCUCCUCCUGCUGAGUCUCGUCUUUAGCACACUCGUAUUUUCCACUGAAUUACUGUAUAAAACUUAAGUUAAUAAUAACAAUCAAUGACCUUAAAUCACUAAUUGCUAUAUCUACUCGGGUUAACGGUUGCCAUAUGUCAAAUCAAUGUCCUCCGUCCAAGUGUUGAUUCACAAUGGAAGCCGUAUGUAAAAAUGUAAAGAAAAUAAAGAAAAAUCAACGCCCUUGAAAUAA